AUGGGUUACCCCGUGAACUCGUGUCUGAUCGAGACCCCCGCUUCACAGCGGAAUGAUCAGACGGAACGCGUCAACCGCGUCCUCGAAGAGAUACUUCGAGGGUAUGUCCACUCGUUUCAGAGCUGGAGUGAGUUCUUGCCGAUGGCGGAAUUCGCCAUCAACAACUCGUUUAAGGGGGGGUGGACUCGCUCGAACAAAAACCGAUCUGGUUCUUGCUCAUCACCCGUCGACAAUGGUGUCGACGCGAUAGAUGCCGAGGUCGAUGCGAUCGAUGUCGAUGAUGACGAUGACGACGAUGCUGGCAUAUUCAGCAUCGCCAAUGACCGCCAAAGUGAGGACGAUGAUACCCUCACUGGUGAAGACAAAGUUCUUUCAGCAGUGCACACGAAGCGCACUGCUGUUGACAAGGACGAAUAA